AUGAAUCAAGGUGUCCUUGCACCAAUUCCUCCAGGCAGGGAAGAAGCGGGGCCGACCAAGCAAAGCCGAAAGGGAACUACGAGAGGCCGAAGCUGCAUCACGGGGGAAGUCUACCAGCCAACAAAGAGGAAACCAAAGACUCCAAGACCGUCGACCGAAGGGGAGCAACCUGGAGAAGCUGGGGAGACUUCGGGCCCAAGGAAAAAAGUCAAGAAGCAGAAGGUCGAAACUGGGCCGAUGGAACCACCCAUUCAAUCUCUCGUAGAAGGCAGUGCACAUCCACCAGCAGGUACUGCCCUAGGAGAGCAGAUGCAAAUUGACACUCCCGAGCGUCUUCCUCGAAGCACCAUUCCAGAAACGCAAGCCUCUGAAUUUGCAGCUUCAGAGAGCCUACUGCGGGGCAUGCAAGAGCAAGCCGUACGCUCAGACAGCGGUACAGCCCAAGAACCACCUCUGAGUGCUCCCACACAAUUUGAGACAGCUCAGAGCAGCGCGACAUUGCAACAAGGGACAACCAUGGGCGAGCAACAAAGCCAAAAACCACGAGAGAUGCCAAAUUAUGACCACGAGACGCAGAAAUCGCCAGAAGCAACAAUGAGCUAG